AUGCCUGGACUCAACCAAGUCAUCCCACGGCCCGAUUCGAGGGAGCUCCUCCCACCGCUACUCGCUUGCCUCUCAACAGCGAAUGCUUCUAAAGAGGUUCCCCCAGGGCUUCUGCCCCUCCUGUCGCCUAUUCUUCGCCAACGUGUACAACUCUUGUCAUCGAACGAGUGGUUGUCGCUGUUGUGCUGGGACCGAGAAGUCGCCUCACGACUGCCGCAGAUUGUCGAAAAGAUAAACGUCGAGCCCCAUCCGGCCUCUGGAGAGAUCGAAGUGGAGGAACCAGAUCAAAUACUAUACCGGCGAUCAGACCCUGAGACGCUACACUCGAAAUUGGUGCUUGGCGAAUAUGGAAUCAUACCAACGUACCUCUGGUGCACCGGCGGCGAAGGUGGAAGCCGCUGGCUGUUAGCCGAGCUGAGAGGAACAGACGACGCUGAAGAUGGCACGGAAUGGUUCGAGAACAUGCCCGCUGCCGACGAGGCUGGCUUCAGGCGAAAGUCUGUCCCAGUCAAGAGCAACGGCGUCACAGUCCAGACAGCAGUCGCUCAGGCUGAACCUGCUGCAGAGGAGGCAGUAGAAGAAGAGGACGACGGCUCAUACUGGGCUGCAUAUGAUCAGACGCCCGGACGAACACCACAGCCCAGGCGCUCUCCAGCCCCGAUUACCAGCAGCCGAACGCAAAUUGGACCAACACAGUCAGAGCUCGAAUACUUUGAACGCUAUGCUUCUGAAGUGCAGCCAGCUCUUGACGCGCACGACCCGGAUGAAGAGAACCCCGCAGCUGGCGAGUCGACUCUCAAUGGCAACGCUCUCGACUAUACCCGCGAGCCGCAGAUGGAACCCCUCGACACGACGAAUCUGGGACCGAAUGGCUACGACUCGUCCAUGCCGCCAGCAUAUACGAAUAGUAUUAUGAAUGGUAGUGGCGUUCACGGUAAUGAUAGCGCGGUACAUCUUGAGCCCAUCGAGCAGGACCCCAGCGCCGCUGCGAAUGCAAUGAACCACCCACGACCCUCGUCGUCGGCGUCGACCAAUUCAAUUGAGAGGCUGGAGCGAAAGGCCGAGCACUACAGUCAAGCGGAGCUUGCGAUCAAACAGCACAUCAGCACUGACAUCAAGAGCCUAUUCCGAUUAGCGAGGGCAUCGGGCAUAGACAGGGAAGAGUUUGAGAGGAUUAUUCAGAGAGAAUUGGAGGUAUUGCCCAUGCUUGAGCAGGAGAUGUCUUAA